AUGUCUAACGCAUAUUCCAUUUACAGAGUCUUAGCCUACGCUUGGCUUUGGGCCGUGGCCUGCGUCCUCCUUGGACUCACUGCCUACAGAAUCCACAUAACGGAAGGCUUCUUCCUCAGUUUUUAUGAGCCCAUCAUCGUUGAACUCCUUGUUUCUGCUUGUCUCGCUAUCAUCUGGGCACCCAUCGCUGGCGUUCUCGCUCUUAGUGAACACAACACAUCCCAUAAGAGCGGCCGUUUCCGCUCAGAGAUGCUCGGAACUUUUGUCUUAUGGGUCAUGUGGUUGGUUGGCGCCGUUGACACGACAAACCGAAUCAUCCCUGGCAAGAACUAUUGUCGUAGCGGAAAGCAGUGCCAGAUUCUGACGACCCUCAUGGCAUUUUCUUGGAUUGGGUGGUCAUUCCUUACCAUCAUCGGCACCAUAGGUUUGAUGUACCAUGCGUAUAGUUCUGGAAAGCAGUCGCCAAUCCGAGAUCGUGAAAAGGCAGCAGAAGCGGCUGGGAACACGUAGUCAAAGUACGAGUUGAUGAUUUAUACCGUCUUCACGAGUCACGACUAUUCAAUGAUUUUUCCUCCCCUUGCAAUCGUGAUGUAUAUUAGUGUUCGUUAUAUGGAAAUGCACAGAUUGAUGUACAGUUCAUAAGUUACAAAGCGUUGACUGUCUGUUUCCGGUCCAUUCGCCCCGGUGUACAGACAAGCUCAGCCGGAUCGUACGAAUUUAAUGACAGAUUAUUUAAAGCACCGGUCUCAAUGAUUCGUUCAACUAUCAAUUAUGAUGUUAUAUCACGAAAUAAUCAGCGACAACGACACACUUAGUAACCUUCGUUAACAAUAGCGCGCCGCCAUUGUCGUUCCGCAUCAUAUGUGUUUUGGCUUCGGGUAGAAGUAGCGAGCACCAACUGCACUGGCAGUACAUAUGUCCGC